AUGUCGACGGCACACCUAACUCCAACUAUAUUAUUUAUCAUUCUAUAUCUUGUAUCAUUCCUUAAUAUCGCGUAUACAAAAAGAAACCGCGCUGAACUCAAUCGGUUUCCACGCGGCAACAUGCCGCGGCUUCUAGAUCACAAGACGGUGACCCCACAAGAAAGACUCCUAAGAAUAAGGCCCUGCAUGCACGUUCAGGUAAAAAUUUCUGUUGGCGCUGGGCUGCUAGCCGCCGUGGUCGGUGUUGGACAUCUAAUGAGUCUACACGACGACAACGAGUGCUUUUCAUUCACUCCACAUUUCCAGGUUAUUAAUGCACCAAUAGAAUUCGUGUGGGAGCACGCGUCUCCCCGGUAUCUGAAUAUGGCCGAUGUUGACCUCCCGCAUCGUGGCCAUCCAGGGAUCGUCUCCGUCGAGGUAACGCCGAAUUUUCCACGAGCAGGGAGCCGGGCGAAGUACUCUCUGACCGAUGGUUCCAAGGUGUUGGAGGUCGUGGAUGACAGAAACGAUGUGGCGCACAUAUUCCGCUACAGCGUUUAUCAGACUGGUUUUCUGGGAAUGUUCAUCUUCAAGCUCCAGGGUAUAUGGAAGUUUAGCAGCCUGGACUCCGCGAGAACCAAAUGGACAUUCCGCUUUCGGCUUGUUCCCAAGAAUCGGCUCGGCAACGUCGUCGUUUCAUUCCGUGUCGAACUGCAAGAUCCCGAUCCAAGACUUAUUAUUUUGAUACUUAAUGAUGAGAAGAUAUUCAAUAGACUUUUUUUGAUCAGUAUACUGCAUGUCAAUUCAACAGAUGAGGUCUCUAUAUUUAUGAAAACGUGGAAACACCUACAGGCCGAUAUGAUACCUCACAUCAGACACCAGCUCCAGGACAUGUACCACACGCACAUAAACAGCCACGGAGAACCCAUCAGAGAAUGGUGUACGAUCGUCGACCACAUCAAGGUCGAUUAUCCACUUCACAACAACCACUUCUGA